GCAUCAUAUACUGAACGUCACUGUUCAGAGCGCAUUAUUACGGAUACGGGUCUUUGAUGACGAUGAGCAGAAGGACCCCACGAUCGUCUCAACUUUUGCUGGCCUCAGCGGCUUGUUUCAAGUCUGGCGAGUACACAGCGUGCUCCGAAACGGCCUGCACGGCUGGCCAACCAUCCGGGCCACUGGGUCCAAGGUGUUGCGGUGGAUCGGCUCGUCAGCCCAUGUCAAUAUCGACCUUCAGCCGUCCUAAUCCUUGAUGCCGCGAGUUGUGACGAUGACGGGCACUGUGACC